AUGAACGGCGAGGACUUUCAAGCUUGGACGAUAUGCUGGAAAGCCAACAUAUGGUUUCAUCGACCCAUAUCUAAGCCGCUAAAAUGUGUGGAAUGCGAUGAAACAUUUACAUACCCUCAGGACAGUCAUCACUCAAACUUCUGGCUUGAAGCGACUCGAUGCUCAGUGGGACAUCGACAGGCGACAACAGCAGAGAUGCAAGGGGAGACAUGUGUGGGUGUGUGUUCGACGUGUGACCAGAAUUAUGUCUUAGAUGUAGUAAAGGGGAAGAAAGAAUGUAGAAGGGAAGGGUGCAGGCGCAUGAUCAGGGUCAACGAGGCUACAAUAAAGCGAAUGAUAGGAUCGGAUGACGAAACUCUCGAACAAUUUAUAUCUCUUCUCAAGAAGUACAAGUCCUAUGAAUGCGAAAUUCAUUGUGACGUGGUCGAGUAUCAGGGAAACCCAAAUCAGGCCUUCAAACCUCCAACACCCGAAUGUGACCAUGAUCGCAAAGUCUGCAAUGCAUGUUUGAAGCCGAUGUUCGAGACUGCUAUUAGAGGAGGAAAUCUAGAGGCCCUUUUGUGCCCUGAUCCGGAAUGCAAGAAGCCUGUACCGCUAGAGUCCAUUCGUACAUAUGUCUCUGCAGAUGUCUUUACAAUAUAUUCUAGAAAACUGAGCCAGAAAUCCCUUGGUGAAAAUGCGAAGUUCAGAUGGUGCAGUUGUGGCCACGGCCAAAAGCACUCUGGUGGAGAAACGAACCCCGAAUGGAUCUGUCUCUCAUGCAAGAAAAGACACUGUUUCAUCUGCCGCGAUGGAACUUGUGAUCAUCUUCGAGAGAUUGACGCACAAAAAGAGAGAAAUAAAUGCGCCAUGAAACAAGCUGCAUCCCAAUAUUUUAAACAAACCAAAGACGAAAGAGAGAAGCAAAGGCGUUUGAGAGAAGCUGAGACUGCCGACAAACGUGAGCAAGCACGGACUUCAAAGAAGUGUCCAAAUGCUACCUGUAGAGCGCCAAUCCAAAAAGAUGGGGGAUGCGCGCAUAUGACUUGCAAAAAGUGCGGUACCCAUUUUUGUUGGUGCUGCAAAGUGAUCUGGUGGGAUAGAGUCCCACUGCACUUGUCUUCAUGCCCUGUAGGGAUCCAGAGGACAACCUCAAGGGCGAGUUUGGACACCUCUGGAUACGCUCCGGACUGGGAUACGGACGGUGGUUACGAUACGUCUCUAGACGGGAGACUUUGGCUGACUGCCGGCGAUCGAUAA